GUAUAUAACCCCUCUCUGCUGCUUUGCAUAGUGACUGCGCCUCUGUCUACCUCAGUCCUCAGACCAAACUACAAACCUCUCACCAUGGCUCAACAACCAAUAAGCCUCCCUGCCAAGCUCAUCAAUGGUGGAGUUGCUGGACUGGUGGGUGUUACCUGUGUGUUUCCCAUAGAUCUUGCCAAGACAAGACUCCAGAACCAAAGAGGAAGCCAACGGGUCUACAAAAAUAUGAUGGACUGUCUGAUAAAGACUGUUCGAGCUGAGGGAUACUUUGGAAUGUACAGAGGUGCAGCAGUCAACCUGACACUGGUGACUCCUGAGAAGGCCAUCAAACUGGCCGCCAAUGAUUUCUUCCGUCAGCGGCUCAGUACGGGAGAGCUCAAGCUGAGCGUGUUUCAGGAAAUGUUGGCUGGCUGUGGGGCAGGGAUGUGUCAGGUUAUUGUCACAACCCCAAUGGAAAUGCUUAAGAUCCAGCUUCAGGACGCAGGACGACUUGUGGCCCAGCAGAGGAAGUUACCCGUGCUUCACACUGUGAAACUUGGAACAGCCAGUCCAGUCCUGAACUGUUCGUACAGUGUGGGCCCAGUGUCUUCAACCAGGAAAGUGUCAGCCAUUCAGAUUACCCAGGAACUGCUUCGCACAAAGGGCAUCCAGGGACUUUACAAAGGUCUAGGAGCAACCCUCUUGAGGGACAUCCCUUUCUCAGUGGUUUACUUUCCGCUGUUUGCCCACAUCAACAAGCUGGGCAAGACAUCUGAGGACGACGAGGUGCCUUUUUACUGGUCUUUUAUUUCGGGCUGUGUGGCUGGAUGUACAGCAGCUGUGGCAGUCAGUCCUUGUGAUGUUGUGAAAACCCGGCUGCAGUCACUCAAUAAAAGUGCAAACGAAGACACCUACAAUGGUGUGGCAGACUGCAUCAGAAAGAUAAUGCGCAAAGAAGGGCCAGCUGCUUUUCUGAAGGGUGCCGGCUGCAGGGCGCUGGUCAUUGCUCCACUCUUCGGAAUUGUUCAAGUGGUUUACUUCAUCGGUGUUGGGGAGUUUCUCUUAGGGCAAACUCCAUUUAACCUUUACUCUGUCUAAACUAUGAAACCACCUGAAUUAAACUUUAAAGACCAAC